ACCUGUUUAUCUCGGCUGCUCUGAGCGAGACGCCGCCGAAGGAUACAUUACGUACUCGUCGUUAACACUGAAAGUAGGAUUUUUGUCCAAUUAUUACACGAAGUUAACGCACCAGGCUAGUGUAUUGUGAGUUUUCUGUCACUGGUUUUGUUGGAGUUUUCAUCUCCGAAUACGUGGACUUCGACCUCGGUGUUGCACCUGUUUCAAACAAGGAAGUCAAGUCUGUUGAACCCGUCGAUGGUAAAGUCGACGGGCCGCUUGUAAAUGGCUGUGAAUUAGGUCAGUUGGCUAUUUUGAAAAGCGAGUUUGUUCUCCAUGUUGAUCCUAUAACAUUGGCCACGAGGACAAUAUCGACUAAACAGGAUAAAGCCGCUUCCUACCUCCUGAGACAAGAUGGAUAUUUCAUUGGAAGAGAUGGAUUCAUCAAAUGAGAAUAAUUCUAUCCUUCACCUUGAUGCACAUAUCCUCCCAGACGUCUCCAAUAUGACAAUUAUUCGAACAAGCAAUGGCACAAUCAUAGAACACCAGAUGUUUCUGAACACACUGGCAGCUCAGGCCCUCACAGGGAUAUUUGUGUGGUCUGCCUUGCUCAUAACAUGCCACCAGAUCUAUACACACCUCCGAUCUUACAGUGUCCCCAAUGAGCAGCGCUACAUUAUCCGCAUCCUGUUUAUCGUGCCAGUUUAUUCCUUCGAUUCUUGGCUCAGCCUGCUUUUCAUCAGCAACGACCAAUAUUAUGUCUACUUUGAUUCAAUUCGAGACUGCUACGAAGCUUUUGUCAUUUACAAUUUCCUGAGCCUGUCCUUUGAGUAUCUGGGAGGAGAGAGUGCAAUCAUGUCAGAGAUCCGAGGGAAGCCCAUACAGUCCAGUUGUCUGUAUGGUACCUGCUGCCUCGGUGGAAUAAGCUACUCAAUCGGCUUUUUGAGAUUCUGCAAACAGGCGACUCUCCAGUUCUGCGUUGUCAAACCCAUCAUGGCCGUCAUCACCAUCGUUCUGCAGGCUUAUGGCAAAUACCACGAUGGAGAUUUUAACAUAAAUGGAGGAUACCUGUAUAUCACAAUCAUCUACAACUUCUCCGUCAGCCUGUCUCUCUACGCCCUCUUCAUCUUCUUUUUCGCAACAAGUGACCUGCUCAGGCCGUUCGAACCGGUGCUGAAGUUCCUCACCAUCAAAUCUGUCAUCUUCUUGUCAUUCUGGCAAGGAAUGGUCCUCGCCAUCCUGGAGCGCUGGGGGGUCAUUCCCAACGCACUCUUCAUCGAUGGACAUGAGGUCGGCGCGGGCACCGUGGCAGCAGGAUGGCAGAACUUCAUCAUCUGCAUUGAGAUGUUCUUUGCUGCCAUUGCCCUCAAAUAUGCCUUCACCUGCACCGUGUACCAGGAGAAAAAAAAUGAAGUGCCAGCAGAAAACCACCCACCCAUGCACAGCAUCUCCAGCGGUCUGAAGGAGACCAUGAACCCAGGAGACAUGGUGCAGGACGCGAUCCACAACUUCUCCCCAGCCUACCAGCAGUACACCCAGCAGUCCACGCAGGAGGUGGUCCAGCCCAGCGCCAAUGGAAAAGUGGCCGCAGGCAACAAGAGCACCCGCAAGUCAGACAAAAUCAUGCUGAUUACCUCUGAUGACGAGUUCUAGCCAUCUUUCCAGCAUGAUCGAGUUGCUUGUGUCCUUGCUGCCUUAUCGUUAACCCCCUGGGGGAAACUGUAUCCCAUAAAUGCAUAGAACUGGAUAAAAUCCAGGUGUUUCAUUUUCAUCUUCCCAUUAUUUAAGAUGGACACAUUGCUUCUGUCCUGAUGUUAAUUAAUAAUUCAAGCACCAAGAGGAAGAAAUUAAUAGUUUUUAUAAGUGAUGGCUCAAUGACCAGGGACACUGAGCUGUCUCCAUCCGAACAGUAAUAAUCACAGGACAGUGACAUGUCACCCUCACCGUAUCGGAGACAUCUGGAGCAAUGCAAUUCCCUUAAAUCAAGCUGCUGGAUGCUGAGCAGUGCCUCUGAUUCUGUUUCCUUCAUUAUGUCAGUGCUGGCUCUGUGGCCGUCUGAAGGGCGCUCCCUCUGGUUCAUGUCACUUUCAAAGAGGGGAUGAUUAAUAUGUGACUGCAGGAGGGAAGCAGGGAGGCAGCCAUGGCUGGGAAUGACACUUUAUGGACCGUCUCUCGCAUCUGCUUGUUUGAAGUAUUUACUGAGCAUCCUCCUGCAUGGUUUCCUGACAAAUGGAAAGAUUUGUUCGCCGACACAUUCGUUUUGGAGCAGGCACUUCAAACUGCAGACUAAGGCACUUUGCGAUCCUUUGUAUCUACCGUAGCAUGGACAAAUUGGAUAAACCUGUCUCCUACAAAGUCA